GGAGCUCGAGAGAGGCGCGAGCGGCUCUCACUUUUCAUUCGGAUUCUAUCAGCCUUUGACGAGGAGCGCGCGGUCUCCUGUUCCCGCGCUGUUCUCCCAGACUUUAGCUCGGCUUGAGACGCGGAACGAUUUGUGCUGAAACGCGUUUGGAGUUUGUUUUUGUUUUUUUACUUCGACUCUGAGAGGAAAUAAGAGGAAGAAUCGCUUUUCAGGAGAGACACCUCUGAGGACAAGAUGCCUCAAACGCCACCAUUUCCAGGGAUGUUUGCGUCCAGUGGCUAUAACAAGAACCUGUACCAGACAAAAGAGGAGGACUUUGGGGGCCUGUAUUACCAUGACGACAACCUCGUGUCAGGGUCUCUGGAGGCCCUCAUUCAGCACUUAGUCCCCACCGUGGCCUACUACCCUGAUAGGACAUACAUCUUCACCUUCUUGCUCAGUUCACGUCUCUUCAUCCACCCCUAUGAACUCAUGUCCAAAGUGUGCCACUUUUGCAUGGACCAUCAGAGACUCAGCGACCCUCAGGCAGACAAGGUGAGAAUCAGGAAAAUUGCCCCUAAGAUCUUGCAGCUGCUGACAGAGUGGACAGAGACAUUUCCCUAUGACUUCCGGGAUGAGAGGAUGAUGAGGAGUCUGAAAGAGCUCACACAUCGGCUGAGCACUGGGGAUGAGCUGUAUCGCAAAACGGUGCAGCAGAUGACACAGGCUCUGAUCCGUAAACUCACCACGCUAAGUCAGUACGAAGAAGCCCUGGCGAAGAUCAACUCCACAGUGACGGACAGGCUAACAGUUCUGAAAACCAAGCCUCAGUCCAUCCAGAGAGACAUCCUGACCAUCUGUAGUGACCCCUUCACCCUGGCCCAACAGCUCACCCACAUUGAACUGGAGAGACUAAGUUACAUAGGACCUGAGGAAUUCGUCCAGGCGUUUGUUCAGAAAGACCCUCUAGACAAUGAAAAGAGCUGUUUUAGUGAUCACAAGAAAGCCAGCAACCUGGAGGCGUAUGUGGAGUGGUUCAACAGACUCAGCUACCUGGUAGCCACUGAGAUCUGCAUGCCAGUGAAGAAAAAGCAUCGAGCCAGAGUCAUUGAGUUUUUCAUCGAUGUGGCGCGGGAGUGCUUCAACAUUGGCAACUUCAACUCUCUCAUGGCUAUCAUUUCUGGCAUGAACAUGAGUCCGGUGUCACGGCUAAAGAAGACUUGGGGCAAAGUCAAAACGGCCAAGUUUGACAUUCUAGAGCACCAAAUGGACCCUUCCAGCAAUUUCUACAACUACAGAACAGCACUACGUGGGGCCACCCAAAGAUCUAUUACUGCUCAUAGCAGCAGAGAGAAGAUUGUCAUUCCAUUCUUCAGCCUCUUAAUCAAAGACAUUUACUUCCUCAAUGAAGGAUGUGCCAACCGGCUCCCGAAUGGACACGUCAAUUUUGAGAAAUUCUGGGAGUUGGCCAAGCAGGUGAGGGAGUUCAUGACCUGGAAGAAGGUGGAGUGCCCCUUUGAGAAGGACCGCAAGAUUCUGCAGUACCUCCUGACUGCUCCUGUCUUCAGUGAGGACGCUCUGUAUCUGGCGUCCUACGAGAGCGAGGGACCGGAGAACAACAUGGAGAAGGACAGAUGGAAAUCUCUCAGGUCUUCUUUGCUGAACAGAACAUAAUCCCAUUGAAGAAACCAAGUGAAUGAAGUGAUGCUUCUGGCAUGCCAGCUGUGACCCCUUUUUGUCCCCUCAGAAAGUGAGAAGUAACCCUGUUUUUGAAGGGAAAUGACAAUCUCUACUUUGCUGGAAAUUAUUGUUUCCUCUUUUUUUGGAGCGUCUGAGAGAGGAGCACCUUUCUACAAGACGAUGACCUUCUGGCCCACAUACUGGAUAUUUCAGAGCAGCUUUUUCAUCUCUUUGUAAAGACUUUGUACGCUUAUUUUCUUUAAAAAAAGAGACUUAGUUUGAUUGGAGAGAAACAAUGCAGUGUUGUUUAUGCUCCUUGGCUGCAGUCGUCUUAUGAUUCCUCGAGAGGGAUCCAGACGUUCUUGAUGCAAAUAGUCUCCUGACAUUUUCAGACCAUGUUUUCUCCUCUUCGCAGACAGCACGAGUUCGCUGCUGGUUGGCCAACUCUGUGUGAAUCAGUUUAAAAACAAACAAAAAACAUAUAUUGAAACCAGCAUUGUGUACUGGCUACCAGUACUGUACAGCAUUAAUUUAAGUACAGAUAUAUUUUGUCCUUAUUUUUUCUGGUUGUAUUUGUUGCUGUUGUUUUUUUUUAUACAUAUGAGAUGUGUGUAAAGUGUUUGUCUUACAUGUGUGAGUGACCGUCAAGCGUGGACGAGAGAGGCUCGUCGAGUUUUGCUGAAUGCACUGGGUGCAUCUGAGAAUAAAAAUGUCAUUUCCAAUUGUGUUUAUCACCUGUUUUGUGAUAUUCAUUUUUACCUUUUGUCCUUACCUUCAGAGCUCUUACCAUAUUCAUAUGGACUGUUGAAGGCACCACAUUCCCUGUAAACAGUGUUAUAAUAGAAACACCAUUUCCACUCUAUGAAGUAGAUACAGUACACGUUUGAAGUGAUUAAGGCCACUGGAACACAUUGCUGUCCUGUCCAUCUUUUUACUGUCCAUCCAAGUUACUUCUACAAUGAUGUUGUGUUGCCCCCUGGUGGUUAAACCAAGAAUUAAUAAAUGACCAGAGUGAACUAUAGUUCAGGUAUAUAAUGGCUUGGUACACAAAUACAUGAAGGUUUGCCAUAUCUAGAAGAUUGAACAUGGAGGUUGAUUAAUGUUAUUAUUAUUACUAUUAUCAUUAUUAUUAUUGUCUUUAUAAUAUAUUUUUCAUGUCCCUGCCUAAAAGCCUGUGUUGUGUCAUUUAUUUUGAAGUAUUUGGUGAUAUGGUGUUCAUUUUUUUGGUAUAUUAUUUUGCACUAGUUACAUAAAAUAUUUUAUAGUUACGAGAUGUUGCCCUAAACUAAUAUUUUAUAUUUAUAAAGCUUUGUAUGAGACUAAAUUUCAGGGUACUGGCGCACAAUAUGAAGUUAAUGAUGAAGACUGACUGAUGUCUAGUUUGCCCUGUUUUUCUUUUGCUUACACAAAGUUUUCCACAGAAGCUCAUCAUGGUUUACGCUGUAAAUACCAAGUGGUUUUUCUUCACUGUGUAGAUUGGUAUGUAUUUUUGACUGUCCUGAUGGAUUAGAGAGCCUCUGGAAUAGUUGUGGUAUAGGACAAAACACAAUUCAAUAAAAGAACACUUGUGUAAA